AUGGUCGCGACAAAUGUCACCAAGCCCUCUCCAUCGCAUACUAUACCAGUGAUUCCCACGCAAUGCAAGGCUGGUGUCGUGGUUAAUGAAGGUCCUAAUUUCGAAGUCCGUGUCGCAACUGUCCCCGUACCGACCCCCGGCCCUGACGAGAUCCUCAUCCGCCUCAAUGCCACCGGGCUUUGCUCCUCUGAUGUGCACCUGAUGGCGGCCGAUCUGGGUACCCCACCGAUGUCAGCAUUUGGCGUUCGCUCUCCUGGUCAUGAAGGUGCUGGUAUCGUUGUCCAGGUUGGCGCCAACGUCAAAACCUUCCAAGUCGGUGAUCGCGCCGGUAUCAAGCCUAUCCUCGACACCUGCAACAACUGCGACCUCUGCUGGGAUGACAAAGAGACGUACUGCUCUGAUGCAGUCCUAACCGGUCUGGCUGUUGCCGGGACGUACCAACAGUUUGUCGUCUCACCGGCACGAUACGCCUCUCCCAUCCCGGACGGUAUCCCUGACGAAGUAGCCGCUCCCAUCAUGUGCAGCGCUAGUACUGUAUACAGGUCCUUGCGCGAGUCAGGCCUCAAGCCAGGUAAUUGGGCCGUGUUCCCAGGUGGCGGCGGGGGUGUGGGGAUCCAGGGCGUGCAGAUGGCCAAGGCGAUGGGCAUCCGGCCUAUCGUGGUGGAUACGGGCUUUACCAAGCGGACACUAUCAUUAGAGAUGGGAGCAGAGGCAUUUGUCGACUUCCGCGAGACGAGUGAUCCCGCGAAGGCAGUUAUCGAUGUAGCUGACGAGGUUGGAGCCCAUGGUGUCUUUGUCACCGCACCUGCCGCCUACAAGACGGCCGUGUCGUAUAUAGGAAAACGCAUUGGAGCGAUCAUCAUGUGUAUUGGACUGGCACCAGCGGGCACCAUUGUCAUGGGAGAGGAUCCAAACACGUUCGUUUUUCGUAAUUUAACGGUCAAAGGGACCCUGGUGGGAAGUCGUCGCGACACGGCAGCUGCGUUGGACUUUGCUCGACGGGGGAUGUUGAAGCCAAUUUGCGAGGUGUAUCCUUUGAAUCGAUUACCAGAGGCUGUGGAAAAAUUGCGCAAAGGAGAGGUAGCUGGACGAAUUGUGGUGGACUUCAACAGUUGGGCUGAUUGA